AGAGAGAGAGAGAGAGAGAUGGAGGGAGUAGAGGGGGAGGGAUCGGGUGCGAUGAGGUACACGCUGAGGCCGGAGAGGGUGAGCAACGAGGACAUACUGUUCUGCGUGGAUGUUGACCCGGAGUGUAUGUCGGAGAUGAAAACCGGGCCAAAUGGGCGGCCCUUUACCCGAUUGGACUCCAUCAAGCAAGCCAUCCUUCUCUUCAUCAACGCCAAGCUCACCAUCAACCCGGAACACCGAUUCGCCUUCUCCGUUCUCGCAAAGUCCGUGUCUUGGAUUCGGAAAGAGUUCAGCAGUGAUGUCGAGUCUGCUAAGGCUGCUUUUCGAGCGCUGUAUCCUACUUCAUCAUCCGGGCAUGCAGAUCUUACCACUCUAUUUCGAAUAGCAGCUCAUGAAGCAAAGAAAUCUCGGGCUCAGAAAAGAAUAUUGAGGGUGAUUCUUAUCUACUGCAGAUCAUCACUACAACCACAACAUCAAUGGCCUGUUAAUCAGAAAAUCUUCACUAUGGAUGUGGUUUACCUUCAUGACAAGCCUGGACCCGACAACUGCCCCCAGCUGGUGUAUGAUAAACUUGUGGAAGCCCUUGAACAUGUUACUGAAUUUGAGGGCUACAUCUUGGAGAGUGGUCAGGGGUUAUCACGAACCCUCUUCCGUCACAUGUGUUUGCUGCUGUCACACCCUCAGCAGCGUUGCUCACAAGAUUACCUGGACAUACCCAAGUCUCUCGCAAAAAGGUUGCCAGCAGACUCAGCACCCGGUGACGAUAGUAUACCUGUAUCCAGCCAAUGAGAACAUCAGCAAUCAAGUUUCUGAGCUCUUGUUGCUUUCUAAGUUAUAAGUCUCAAGUAUGUAGUUGCACUGAAGUUAAUUUUUGAACAUCUUGUAUGUACAAAUUGUGGAUUCUCUUAUUUUGACAAUUUAAAUGGAUUGUUAUUAUGAAUCUCAA